AUGAAGUGCUUUAUUGGUUUUAUUAUAUGGAUGGGCCUUGACAAAAAACCAUCAUUGAAUGAUUAUUGGUCAAAAAAGCUGUUGUAUAAAAAUUUUGUUAGUAAAUAUAUGUCCAAAAAUAGAUUUAGAGCUAUUCUUUCCAUGUUUCAUUUCUCAGACAAUGAAAAUUCAUCAAAUGUUGACAGACUUUAUAAAAUAAAUCCUUUCUUAGAUAUGAUGAAUAAUAAAUUCCAUAAAAUGUAUGAACCAGAUGAGUCAGUAUGCAUCGCUGAAACAAUGGUACCUUUUAGAGGCAGGUUAAAUUUUCGCCAAUACAUACCUGGAAAAAGGCACAAGUAUGGUAUAAAACUUUUUAAAUUGUGUAUGAAAGGAGGUUACACUUGGCAUAUAAAAAUAUAUGGUGGCAAAGAAAAAGAACCUGGAAAACAAGUUGCUACAAGUGUUGUACUUGAGUUAAUGAAACCAUUAUUAGGGGCUGGCCGAACACUUUAUACUGAUAACUACUAUACAAGUGUUGAUUUAGCACAUAAAUUGUUAGAUAAAAACACACAUUUAAUUGGUACGUUACGCAGGAAUCGGAAAAACAAUCCUAAGCCAGUUUUGAAUUCUAUACUAAAAAAAAAAUGA